AUGGAUCUUCCUGAGUUUGUUCAAGUUAAUCUUUCCACUACCUCACCUGAUCGCGCUAGAUUGAACGACAACCACGAUUCCAUAUCUUCGAUAGUGGAUGGGAGUGCGUUACAGACAGUCUUUCGAGAUUCAGGCCCCUGGCCUGCCGGUCUAGCUGAGGCCACUCAACCAGUCCCCAUCUUCUUGCCAAAGAGUCGUAUGAGCGAGCUGCAGCAACUAUGCGAGAGUAUUCACUUAGCUGUAUGUGAUAUCAUCGAUAGAUGGUGGGAUGAUUCGGAUGCAAGAUUCUGGGAACGAAUGCCAUUAGACCCUAGAGCAGAGGCGGUACUUCGCUGGAUCAGCGAAAGAAAGGGCCCCAAGGGACAAUUUCGAAAGAUUAGUGGCUUUUGGAGACCUGAUGUGUUGAUCAGCGACAAUCCAAGCGCUUUCAACAAGACGUCCACCAAAGCCAGCGAUUUCGGGCCAUUCAAGGUGUGUGAGAUCAAUUGCCGCUAUCCUCUGAGCGGCUAUAUUGUCGCAUCUACCUUGGAGACUUUUCAUUCGAGACACAUGUCCGAACAUGCUAUCUUCCAGACAACAGUCGGAAAACAUGUGGACCUCAUCAACAUGAGCUCCUAUUUCCGAAAACAAGGGCUGGGUGAGGCUCGAUUUGUUCGACCGGAACACCUUAGUGUUGAACACGAUCCCAACUCUGCGUCAGGGCGCAAGCUCGUCGCAACUACGUCGGCCUCGGACCUCUUUCACCAGGACGAAACACACACAAGGAUGCAAAUCGAUCUUAUAGUCAUCGAGGCACGCCAGGCACAGUUGAUCAACCUACCAAAGGAUGUAUUGGAAGAACUCGCCUUGCGCUCGGUGAAUGAUCUUCGCAGUAUUUUCCUGGCACAUGACAAACGCAUGCUUGCUAUUAUCCUUUCCGAGUUGGAUAAUCUCGUGUCCAAGCGAAGGGUUCUUUCACAUACACAAUCAGAGUGCCUAAGCCAGGGUUUAGCACAAACUUACAUAGCGAAGUCAAGGAACAUGCUACAGGAAAUUGAAAAGCUGCGCAACGGUAAAGAGUCAAAGGACAAUUGGGUGUUGAAGCCUAUCGCCAGUGGAAAGGGCAAAGGGAUAGUAUUUGGGACUGACAUCCCGACAAAGGAGAAAUUUUGUGACCUCUUAGAAGCCAACGAAUGCACAGGAGCAUAUGUGCUACAGCGAGUAGUUGACCAGCCUCGUUUUCCUAUGGUCUCAGCUAUAGGAGAAAGUCUCGUAGGCGAUGAGAACAACAAAAGCCACUUAUCGACGGGGCCUCUCCGAUAUCUUGUAGGCACAUUUAUGAUGUCGGAUGGUCAAUUUUUGGGUACACUUUGGAGAGCUUCACCAGAGCCCAUCUGUGCAUUUGCGCAGGGUGCUUGGUUGCUCAAUGCAGUCACUGAAAGGGCAUCUGUUGAGCCAUAUUCCGAAGUGUAG